AUGGUACUGCGCAUAACUCAAUCCGAAAAAUCGCCCUACGUCCACAUCCAAUCUGCACAAGAACGCCCUCUCACACUAAUCACACACCAACACAACCCUUCCGCGAGUGCGACGAUGUCCGCGAACAACAAAUCGCUCCCCGCGGAGGGCCUCUCACCUUCCACCGCCGGCGCAACUGGCCAGGAACAGUCCACAGAUGCCCACGGCCAAUUCACCGCAGCCGUAGACGACCUCCUCGACCAGCUGCAGCACAAGUUCGAUACCGUGUCUAGGGAGAUGUUUGGGAAGUUUGACGAUAUGGCGAGGCGGCUGGAUGAGUUGGAGUCUUCGUUGAGUAUCGCUGAAGAUGAGGCAGCUGGAGCGGGGGCGCCGACAGCGCCUACUUCAGCUGCAAAGUGA